AUGUCUAGCCAAAUUCAAUCUAUUCAGCUUGUGGAAGGGAUAAAAUUUAUCCUUUUUGAAAAUGAAUAUGGAGUAUGUGGCGAUCUGAAUCGGCAACGAUGGAGCCCUAAGAACCUUGAAACAUUUGAAGUACAUUUCUUUGUGUACAAAUCACUAUGGCGUUCUUUAAAAGAGGAAGAGAAUGAAAUCGCUGCAGCUAUUACUGCCGAAAUAUGGAACUAUCAAAAAACUUUGGCGAAAAAUACUCUUUUGAAAAUACUAAAACAAAACGACGACAUCAUCAUUCAAAUCAUAAAAUUUGAUGAGAAAGAAAAGUGCUACGACUAUUUGAGUUCAUUGAAACUGCCUUUAGAAGCUUGGAACAAAUUAAUGUCAUCAAAAAAUGAAAUCGAUGUUCACCUCUCCAUGAAACGUAGAUCUGAAGAUGUUCCCACGACAACCUUGUAUCGUAUCAAGUACACUGAUGAUAAUAUCCAAACUAAAUAUGGAAUUUGGAAUACCUCCAUAGGAACUGUCCAGUCUCAAAUGGAAGAAAAGAAAUUGGUAACUGCCCACGUUGACAUCCAGAAGGAAAGCUUUCAGACACCUUCCAUAAACGAUUUGAUACUGCAUUCGUGUUUGUAUCUUUUGAAAGUUGAAAUCGAAAAACAAGGAUUGCAUUCCUGUACUGUGUCAGUAGAAUUAUUUGAAAAGGUUAUCGUCAACAUCAAGAGACAGAAUAUUUCACGCACAACCAUGGUAUUAGCAGCUGUUUUGAAAUGUGCUGAUAUUUGUGAUGUCGGUUGCACUUCAAAAAUGUUCUUUAACCUUAUGAACAUGGACUUGAAAAGUAUGGUCUAUCCAGUGUCUAACACACAACGUGUGAUCAACGAUAUCUUGGAAGUGACAUUUGGUAAUCAAUAAAUUUAAAGUCGCAUAAAAAUGCCUACAUUUUUAAAUGUCAGUCAAUUCCUGACUACUGCAAAUUGACUUUUUGUAUAGAUUUAUAACAAGUAAUAAAUGAAAGAUCACAAAUAUAAUACACUUACUUUGUUUAUUUAUUGAUUUUCGCAUAAUUAUUGCAUCAUUUUCGGUUUAGGCAUGCCCAGACAUGGCUGAUGAUCAUUCACAUAACCAGGCGC